GAAGCCCACUGCAACCCACAGCACCAGCACCAGCACCAGCAUCGCGUCGCUGCAGCAACAUUACCACCACGCAGUAUUAAUAAAUCGGCCCUGUCCGCAGGAUGCUCUUUGCCUGCCUGCUGCCUGCUUCUGCUCACUACUGUUCAUGUUCAUACAACGCUCGGCUAGCAGCAUCUGGAAAUCUGGAUCGAUGCAUGCGGCGUAGGUAGCUGGCAACAGUGCUAGCUAGCUGCUAGACACUCAUGCCAGCGCCGGGAUCCAUGACAGGCCGAGAAGAAAAGAUGGAGCAGGCGGGAGGGUUGAUGACCGGAGGGCAAGAACCAAGCAAGAAAAACGAAGCCAAGAACGGCGAGCCUGAGGCUGCGGCAUCGGCCCCUGCUCCCAAGGCCGCCACCGACGUGCCUGCGCCCGUUGCCUUGCCGCACCACCGGCGGUCCAAGAGCGCAUCUUCAGAGAGGAACGUGGAGUUAUGCAAGCACGCGGCGUCGCAUGGCGCCGUGGAGCAACGCUGCGGCCAAGCACAGGUUGCCAUCUCUCCAUUCUCGGCAAAGAACCCACCGGAUGCGAGGAGGUCCCACGCAACGACCGCCGGAAGCUCGGUUCACCAGGGGCUGAGAGAUCACAGGCCGACCGCAUCGCCGAACCACCGCAUGUCGCUGGAGAAUGAUGUUAGGCAGCUGCAGCUGCAUUUGCAUCAGGAGAGGUCCAUCAGGGUUAUGCUUGAUCGGGCGAUUGGCCGGGCAUCCAGCACUUUGUCUCCUGGCCAUAGGCAUUUCCCAGCUCAGACAAAGGAACUGGUAGCAGAGAUCGAAUUGCUGGAAGAGGAAAUCGCCAACCGCGAGCAGCAUGUUCUUACUCUAUACAGAAGCAUCUUUGAUCAGUGCAUGUCCGGGCCAUCGUCGGGGCAGAGUUCUGGUAUUUCUUCCCCUGCGCACACCAAGAGUAUCAGUUCUAGAACAAGAAGGCAGCCAAGCAUAAUAUCAAGUGCAUUUUGCUCAUCCAAGAAGCUCCCACUUCAACCUUUCCACAUCAUGGCACCGGUGUCAGAAUCAGGGAAAACCAAGAGUAUGCUCAAGGCCAGGUUCAAGCAUGAAUCUUUCUCAAGCGAAACACUGGAUAUCCAUCCUAUAUCCUUCCCGCCAGAUCCAAGGAAGCUACCUUAUUCUGGGAGUGGUUCUCUGGCUCGCACCCUGAAAGAUCACCUUUAUCAAUGCCCGAGCAAAAUAUCUGAAGAAAUGGUUAGAUGCAUGGCCUCCAUAUACUAUCUUCUGCGCACUGAGGCACCAGAAAAGCCUGAAAAGGCCCGUUCACCGUUCUUGUCAAGAUCAUCAACAAAUGUCAUUCUUCCUCGGAAGGUGAACGGAGAGGAAAAUAGUUUAGCAAACAACAAAUGUACAGUGGAAGUAUCUUCAAUAUCAGUUGACAAGAAUCAGAUGCCGGAUGUCUCGUACGCAAUUACUCACUACAGGUUGCUUGUGGAGCAGCUUGAAAGGGUUGAUCUGAGCAUGUCAGAGAACAGUACUAAAUUGGCCUUUUGGACUAAUGUGUACAAUUCUCUUAUCAUGCAUGCGUUUCUGGCAUAUGGAAUUCCAAACAGCUCUCUGAAAAGAAUGACGCUAUUUCACAAGGCCGCCUACAAUAUUGGAGGACAUGCUGUUACCGCCAAUUCCAUUGAACAGGCCUUGCUGUGCUUCAAAUCUCCACGGAUUGGUCGUUGGUUCGAGUCCAUUCUCUCGACGGCUAUGCGGAAGAAAUGCGCGGACGAGAAGCAACUGGUCCAGCUCAAGUUCGGCCUGCCGGACUGCCAGCCUCUGGCCCUGUUCGCCAUGUGCACCGGCGCUUCAUCUGACCCCAUGCUGCGGGUGUACACGGCCAAGAACGUCAUGGAGGAGCUGGAGCGGGCCAAGCGGGAGUUCCUGCAGGCCACGGUGGUGGUGAGGAAGUCCAAGAAGAAGGUGUUCCUGCCGCGCCUCGUCGAGCGGUACGCGAGGGAGGCGUGCCUGGGCCCCGACGACGUCCUCCCGUGGGUGCAGCGCGAGGGGGGCGUCGCCGACGGCCGGUCGCAGCAGGACGCAAUCCAGCAGUGCGCCGGGAGCCGGCGCAAGGCUGCGCAGGCCAUUGAGUGGUUGCCGUACAGUGCCAGGUUCCGCUACACCUUUGCCAGGAGCAUGGUCGACAAGCCACACUGCUAGCGUCGCCUUGCAUGCCUUCUUCGUAGCUGAUGCCGUUGCUGCAGGAAGAAGCGGAUGGUGUUGCUGUCGCUCGUGGUGAUGCAGUGAAUCAGUGAUAUGCGAUGCAAAUGUCUCGUUGAUGCUGCAUUCUUGUGAUUGGAUCAUCGAGAUGAUGAUAGGCACGAACUUGAGGAGUUGUACUAGUAAUCAAGAAAGCGGCAAGGAUGAGGAGUCUACUUAUUUUGCCAGCAUUGUACAGAUCGAGAAUCGUUGGCUAACUAUGAAUUCAGUGUUCUGUCAAAGACCAUCUGAAUUCAUUCAAAUUGUUCGUCGUUGAGAUCGAAUGGAUCAUUUUUUCUGAA